AUUCAUGGUGGAGCAGAGCUGAAGGGAGAACAAGUGGUGGUUUCGCGGUUUGAAACUCUUCCUUGUUUUAGAGACAACGAACAAGUGGAGAACAUAGGUGAGAAAAGAAGAGUGUGGCGAGGAGUUGUUAAUGGUGAUUUAGUUGAAGGUAUUAUACAGUGGAGCUUUAAGAGGAUCUCUCACUUGGCAACAACAUUGUUGGUUUCCUAGGUGUCUCCAGGCAUUAAAAAAGGGUUUUUUUUCUUUAAAGUUUGGAGGAGAAGAUGGAGUGGCAUGCUUGUCUUGAUGAAUACGAGAAGCUUGUUAUAAGGAUGACAACUCCUAGGGUGGUAAUCGACAAUGCAGUUUGCCCCACUGCUACUCUUGUCAAGGUUGAUAGUGCCAGAAGAGAUGGAAUUUUGUUAGACGCUGUUCAAGUUUUAACAGAUCUGAAUCUUUCAAUUAAGAAGGCUUACAUUUCAUCUGAUGGCCAGUGGUUCAUGGAUGUUUUCCAUGUGACUGACUUAAAUGGAAAUAAGUUAACCGAUGAGAGCGUUAUAAGCUACAUUGAACAAUCCAUUGAGACCUCAUUCCCCGAUAGAAGCCAUGAAUUUGAUGGCUCAACCGCUUUGGAAUUAACUGGAACAGAUAGAGUUGGUCUUUUAUCUGAAGUAUUUGCAGUUCUAGCUGACCUGCAAUGCGAUGUGGUUGAUGCUAAAGUAUGGACUCAUAACGGCCGGAUCGCGUCUUUAAUUUCCGUUAAAGACUGCAAUUCGGGGUCUCCGAUUAACGACUCGCAGCAAAUUGACAGAAUCGAAUCACGUUUAAGGAACAUUUUGAGAGGAGACAACGAUAUCCAUAGCGCGAAAACUUCGGUUUCUUUGGCCAUAACCCACACCGAGAGGAGGUUACAUCAAAUGAUGUUUGCAGAUCGUGACUACGGAAGAAAGCCUGUGUUGCAAUGUAGGGAAGAUUCGCCGGUGGUCACCGUGCAAAAUUGGGCGGAAAGGGGUUAUUCGGUCAUGAACGUUCAGUGCAAGGACCGAGCCAAGCUUUUGUUCGAUGUUGUUUGUACAUUGACGGAUAUGCAAUAUGUUGUGUUCCAUGCCACCAUCAACACAGCUGAGGAUAAAGCGUAUAUGGAAUUCUAUGUUAGGCACACAGACGGAACCCCCAUUAGUUCUGAAGCUGAAAGACAACGAGUUGUCCAAUGCUUACGAGCUGCUGUUGAAAGGAGAGCAUCACAUGGUGUAAGGCUGGAGUUAUGCACAUCAGAUAGGCAAGGUCUAUUAGCAAAUGUGACCCGGACUUUCCGAGAAAACGGUCUUAACGUGACAAGAGCCGAAAUAUCAACCACGAAUGACAUUGCUCGAAACGUUUUUUAUGUGACGGAUGCAAUCGGGAAUGUAGCAGAUCCCAAAAUCAUAGAAACUGUGAGAGAAAAGAUUGGUUUAGGGGAGUUAAAGGUAAAGGAAUUGCCUUUGAUAUAUCAUGAAAGGGAAGAAAAAGCAGUAGGGGUUGGUGGGGCAGUGUAUUCACUUGGGAGCCUAGUGAGAAAGAAUUUAUACAAUUUGGGGCUUCUUAUUAAAUCAUAUUCUUGACGUGGGAACUCCAACUCUCAUGGCAGCAAUUUGGUGGCAAAGAGCUUUGAGCUGUGGCCUUGGUGUACAUAUGAAGGUGGAAUGUGGUAAUAGAUGUUAUAGGUGGAUUUUGUUGGUACAAAAGAUGCCAACCGAAGAGAUUACAAAUGUUAAGAUUCAUUUAUCGGACUUAGUGUCAGCUAAAAGGGAUAGUUGAGAUUCGAUUGUUUUUUAGCCUACUGGAAACCACCUUUAAAGGGUAGUGAAUUUGUGGGUUUUGGCUUCAACUUUGAUUGGUCCACCAUGGUUUUUUUUUUUGAGGAAGUGAAGAAUUUAAAUGACAAAGAGUGGGGGAUGUUGGUGGGGUUUGUGAAUUUGUGGGUAUAGAUUUGGUUGGUAGGAAAGAAGAUUGGGUAGGAAAUUAUGGUUUCUUCUUGUAUACUAUAUUUGUACAUAAAUUAUAAUUGACUUUAACCUUUGAUGAUAAUUUAGUUUAAUGCAAGUAGGAUAUUAAUGUUCACUCAACAAAUGCAAGUUGUAAAAUUUGCUUGAGUCGCUUUGAUUAAAAGUUGUUUAUCUAUAAAAUUCAUUCAAGUUUAAA